AUGGUGUUCAGUGACAUCAUGGGAUUUGGAGAUGAUGGUGCACACAUCAAAAGGCAUAACAUAUUUGGGAGGUGCAGGAAGGAGCCAGGUGAUGACCCCUCCUUGCCCAGAGAAGAGUCUAAGAGUUACUGUUUGGUCUGCAGCGACACGGAUCUGCACUGCUUCUGCAAACGUGGCCAACUCGGACCUCCGACCACAACAACAACACUGAUCAUCUACCGCCUCUUUUCACUUCCCGCCCGUAUUCCGGAAGGCGGGCUUGACGGAAUACGGGCGGGACAAAACGAUCACAUGAUCUUCACGCCUGUUUCCAAAGAACACCUCAGUCUGAAAAGUAGUGGCACAAAUGGCAACCAGUGCGUCACAGCCACGGUGCCAAAAUGGCGCGUGGAGUUCGUGCGCGCGUUCUGGGUGCGCCUCUAUGCGGGGCAGUGCGGUGGCUUCACAGGAGGGGUGUGUACGGGCAGAGGGAGAAGGUGGCCGUGUUCCUCGCCCAGCUCUGCUCUGCUUUUCUGCCUGCCUUUGACGGAGGAACCGGGGGCGGCCGGGAAGAAUGAGACAGGCUCUCCAGCUUCCAGAACCAUGAACGGUGCCCUCUACAUCUCGUUUUUCCAGGGCCAGCUGGAGUCCGCGCUGGAGCAGGUGGUGCAGCUCGCCGUGCAGGAAAUAACCAAGAGUGUGGGCGGCAGCCUGGGCUCCAUGCUGCUGGACACGGCCUCCAAGGAGCAGGAGAACCAGCGGCUGCGGGCCAGGCUCCAGGGAGGCGAUGGGAAGGCGAAGGGCGCCGAGGAGCCCGGAGGAACCAAAGAGAGGCAGCGCGGCUCCAGCCUGGGCUUCCAGACGACGGACGCCUUCAGGCUGGAGCAGAAGAGGAGAGCCGUGGAUCAGCUGAAGGUGGUGAUGGAGCAGGUUCUGGAGUUUGCCGUAUGUGAACUGACCAAAAUCGUGGAGGACAGUUUUGAUGACCUGCUGCUGGAGCUGACGAAGACGGAGCGGGAGAACGAGGAGCUGAGGGAGCGAGUGCGGGAGACGGAGGAUAAAAGGGUCGUAGAAGAGGAGCCACAGGAGAAAAGGACGGACUCUCCGGGCAGCUCAGAGGGAGCAGGAGCUAAAGAACAGGGUCAGGAACCGGCUGAGAACACACACGAAUCAGAGUCGGACAGGCCGGCGGUGAUCACGGUGUCUCAGGACUGGGUUCCCAUCCUGGAUAAAGUGUUUGGUCAGAAGUGGUGCAGUGACCUGUGGCAGAUUAAGGAGCUGAGCAGCAGUAAGGAGGAGUGUCCGGCGCUAGGCUCAGGGGUCACACGGGACGUGGACGGCCUGGUCCAGGAGAGUUUAGCACCAGCCCCUCAGAGGAAUGCCGAGGUCACGCCGGACCCGCCUCAGUGGCUGCAGGCUCAUGAUACAGAGGUGGUGACCUCUGACCCCCAGUGUACUUCGGUCAGCAGCUCAGUAGGUGACGAGUCUCAGUUGAAGUCCCCCUCGAUGCUGCAUCGCCUCCUCACGCUGCCCUCCCAGCUCCUGGAGGAUGAUAACGAGGAGUCCAUGGAGGCUCUUUCCAGCCUGGCUGACCCUGAGGAGCUUCGGGUCAUCACGGUAACCCCGGGUCAGAGCGGUCAGGCCCUUCAGCAGGAGAAAGCGGGCGAUGAGGAGGAGGAGGAGGAGGAGGAAGAGGAGGAGCACGAAUCCUCCAGGAACAAAGGUGGAAAAAAGCUUCAUGUGUGCAAAGAGUGUGGCAAGAAGUUCAGCCGAUCGAACCUGCUCAAAAUUCACCGGCAAACGCAUAAGGAGAAGGAAACGGGCAUCCACUGCCCGCAGUGCGGGAAAAACUUCUCUCAGCUGACCAAACUCCAGGCCCACCUACGGACGCAUUCGGGCAAAACGACGUGAGCGGGCUGGAGGGGUAAUCGGAGCAAAAAAUGAGGGUUAAAAAGGGUCCAGUAGUGGUUUUCCUACGACGGUUUUAUGGUUUCUUGGUUUUAUGGAGAGAUGACUGUGAGGAUCUUUACCAUUGGCGUUUCCAAACUGCUAGUUUGAAGGUACAAGACGUGUAGAAUAGGACAGAUUUUCCAUGCUUUGUACUCCGGUUUUUUAGCCGUCUUCACUUUUUUAACCUCCAGAUUUGCUUUUCACUCAUUGGAAAAACAUGGACCCCACUUACGUUGCAAACAGUGAAGUGACCUUUCUGUGUUUUUAAACGUUCUGUUUCAGAAAGUGCUUUCAGACAUGAUUUUGCUCUUGGACUGGAUGGCGAAAGAGCACCACAGUGGAUUGCAGCACUGCUAAGACAUUUUUGUAUUUAAGACGAGGAAAACGAGGCUUGUCUGUUGUGAAACUGUAUCAAUAGAGAAAUACAACAGCAUCGUCUGAAAUCGAAUGUGAACCGUAGCUCAUCUGGGACGAGGCGGUAGCAGCGAGAAAGCUGUAGUCUUACACGAUGAAAAUCGGUCGAGCAUCUCGUUCAGCUGUUAAUUUUCCAUCUCCGAGCGAGGUGGAGUGAACAAGCGGUUUGUAACAGAACAUCAUGGCUCUUAGUCUUCAUUCACACAGGACUCAACACAAAAUACCUCUGCAGAAACGGACUGUAAACAUCAAAUCCGACAAACGGGAUCAGAAACUUGAUCUCUAAAUGAAGAAUUUGUAAAAUAGUUCGGCACGACGUAAUCAAAACUGACACAUCCACAUAUCUGUAGUGUAUGAACUGCGAGAUGAACCUUUCCAGGUUUGAGGUUGGAUGUCAUCGCGGCUCUGGCCUCCUGAGAGAAGAGCUCUUGGGGGCGUUUAUGCAGAACUCGAUGGCUUUCAGGCCGGACUGAUUCUGGAACUCCGAAAGGAACAUGGUUGGGGUUCUUCGUGUUUUAUUGAGGGGGUUCUCCUUGCCUUUCUAUUUCUAUCUUAAAGGCAUGCACUCUUUACAGAAGCGUCCUGAACUAGAGUAGUGUCUUCCUGUUCUGAUAGUGUAGUAUUUUUAAUGUUUAGGGUGGAUAUUGUAGGUGUAUCUUCAACUUGCAGCAGUGAGUUUGCUGCCAACUCUGCAGAGUUAAACAUAGACGUCACAACUUUGGUAGAAUCCACUCGAUCAUGGAGCCUUUGUCUUUGGAGGCUUUGCUUCCACAUAGAGGCAGCAGACCCCAGUGGUGUGGAUCGCAGGUCCUGGAGGGCCAGAGCACCCAACGAAGAGCUAAUCUAAGGAAGAAUUUGGCAAAAAAAUCAAUCGGAUAUACACAGUUUACCCCCCUCACUCAGUCUCAGAUGUAGUCAGUUAGCUGAGACACGUUCGGAGUCUGAAGGUCACUUCUUUAGCUUUAGCGCUGGAGCUACGAGGCUAAUGUAGCUAACAAGUAAUGGAAGCUUAUAUCAAGAUAUUAAAAAUCUGCACUGACCACUCAGGCCAGCCUUUUGGCCAGUAUGGAGAAUUCGUGGCCAGAAUUAUAGAAGCAUGUUUAGCAUAUUUACAUUCUGGGUCAUGCUUCAGCACCAAAGACCAGUCAGGUGUUUGAAAAUGGUUCUGUGUAGCACCAAAAUGGGUUCUCCUAACAAUAGAAGAACUCUUUUUGGUGUUACAUAGACCCAUUUUCAAACACCUUCAAUAUAGAACCAUAUACAACACAUUCUCCAUCAAUCUGAAGAACGAUUUCACCAUGUAGAGAACCAUUUAAGCAUGAAAUGGUUCUCUGUAGCAGCCAUGGUUCUAAACAAAACCAUUGCCUUUACUAAAGAACCUUUCUUAAGUGUGUACAUGCCUCGUAGCUCCAGUGAUGACACUAAAGAAGCAAACUUCAGACACUGAACAUCUAGGCUAACAGCUGCAGUGAGGUGACCCUCCAGAUCUUCUGUUCUACCCCACUGACCUGCUGCCUGGUGUCUCUGUGGAUGCAGGACGUUCUGUCCUGGUCCACUCUGAACUGUGUUGGCAUUCCCACUUUAGAGGUUUUUUACAGCGUCUCUGUAAGUGACUCAUGGUGUUGAAGGUGUUCCUCACGGUCCUCACGUCUAUACCUCAUCAUCCAGACCAUGGUUUGUGUGUCUUCUGCAAUAAUAAGGAGAAGAAGCAGCAGCAGCUGGUCCAAACGUUUACAAAGGCAUGCUUGCAAAAACAGGUCGGGACUGACGCCGUUAUCGGGUUAUCGAGGAAUGGAUUCAAAGCCUUUUUAUCAGACUGUAAAAUUUUGUUUGAUUUAUUAUGUAACGUUAUGAAACGUUAGAGAUUGUGGCCUAGUUUAAGAGCUCGGUUCAGCUCAGAUAAUGGACGAUGAGGCACUAUGAGCAGGCCUUCCAAGACUGAGCUACAUUAGUGCAGAUCUUCCUAACCAUCUAACGUCAGAUCUUGUGAUAUUGGCGCCAAAUUCAUACUGAAAUCAGAUGAAACAGCUUUAUGAAUUUUUGUAUUUGUUACAAAUGCAUUAUACACUCAUCAAGCCCUUUAUUGGGAACGUUACGAGCCACAGAGAACGAGAGUGGGCUCUGUCACCAGACCAAACAUCGACCACCGUUUGAACCAGACAGCAGCUCAGGUUGGUUAUAUUUCCUUAAAUCUCAGUGGGGUAACAGUUUUGGGUCUAAUAACAUCUAAUAAACGUGGACCCCAGCGUGGUCUUGUGCUGUUGUAGCCCAUCAGCUGAUGAUGUAAUGCACUGCUGCCAUGUGAUUGGCUGAUUAGAUCCUGGUUUAGUUCCUAAUAAAGUGCUUGGAGAGUGUUCAGUGGCCAAAACAGAACCAAAAAACACAACUACACUGCUAAACAUGGUCUCUUGUCAAGUGAAAUGAUCUUAAAUAUAGUCGAUAUAUGUAACCUUUCCCAUUUUUAGAUGGAUGUGCACUGAUUAUAAGAUUAUUCAACUUAUUUCCAGAAUUGUUUUACUUGUUUUAGGUAAUUUUAGUAAGUAAGAUUAUCUCACUAUACUGGCAGAUCAUUUUGCUGGUUUCAUUUCUUAAAACAAGCACAAUUAUCUGCCAGUACAGUGAGAGAAUUUUACUAAAUUUUACUAAAAUUACAUAAAACAAGUAAACAAAUGUCUAGAAAUGUGUUAAAUAAAAUUAAGUUAAGCUUACAAUCAACAGGACAAAUAUUAGAUUUAUUAACAAUAUUUAAGAUAAUUUUACUUGACAAGAGACCAUUUUUUGCAGUGCAGCAGUCUCGAGCAGUUUACAGUCAUGUGCAAAAGUUCGGG